ACCUGUGAACAGACUAUCACCCUCCACACCUGAUACCAUGACCCUCUGCUGCUGCCCACCUUGCUGUCAGCCUAGCUGCUGCAGCACCACCUGCUGCAAGACCACCUCUUGCUGUGAAUCCAGCAGCUGCCCUGAGUCCAUCUGCUGCCAGCCUUGCUGUCCCCCAAGUUGCUGCUGCAUACCCUGCUGCCAGUCCAGCUGCUGCAACAUCAAGUCUGUCAAAAACUGCUGCCAGCCCUGCUGCCCACCAGCCUGCUCUGAAAGCAUGUGCUGCAAGACCAACUGUUGCAAGCCAACCUGUGUGAGCAUCUGCUGCAGCACACCCUGCUGCCAGCCCUGCUGCUGUGUGUCCAGCUGCUGCCAGCCCUGCUGCUGUGAGCCCAGCUGCUGCCAGCCCAGCUCCAUAAACAUCAGCUGUCAACCAGCUUGCUGUGAAACCAGUUGCUGCAAGAAUACCUGUUGCAAAACAAAUUGUGUGACCAUUGGUUGCAGCCCACCCUGCUGCCAGCCCUGCUGCUGUGUGCCCACCUGCUGCCUGCCCUGCUGCUGUGUGCCCACCUGCUGCCAGCCCAGCUCCAUAAAGAUCAACUGUCAACCAACUUGCUGUGAAACCACCUGCCGCAAGACCACCUCUUUUCAACCAACCUGUGUGAGCAUCAGCUGCAGCACACCCUGUUGCCAGCCCUGCUGCUGCUGACCAGCUCCACAAAGGAACAUCUGCACUGCCAUGCUCUGAGGAGAGCUUAUGUGACCUAGCUGCACAAAGCCACAUCUCAACCUUUGCUGACCACCUUCAUGUUCUCACCAGGAAACCUGACCAAUGUAAAUCCCUACUUAAGUGUGGGAAAUGCUUUGAGGAAGGAGGGAGUCUUCACCCUCAUUCUCUUCAUCUCCAGAGAUUAUGGAUCCUGUGCCAUCUUCAUGGGGGGCUGAUGUGAAUUUUUGGAAUCAGUUUAAGUUCUGAGCCAAGAUCUUUAUAUCUCUCACCAAAUACCUUAACAAAACACUUCCCCAACAAUAACUAUUUAACCACUUAUCUUCUCAACUGGAUUUUCUUUUGAAUUACCUUAGAUUUUUGUGUACUCUUUUCUUCUUUCUGCUUACUUAUGAAUUGUGUCCCUGGAAGCAAGCAAUUUUAAUAAAAAU